AUGGCCGACAACCAUAGCAACCCGAUGCUUCUACACAAGACGAAAGAAGUCCCCCCUAUACAAACCUCGGAUUUCAACCCCAAACCCACUACUAUUCAAUCCUCGUCUCCAUUUGAUCGAGUCAAUAGUAUCACCUACAACAGAAUCUCCGAGUUGGAUCCCCUAGACCAUGUCUCACACAUCUCUCCCACGAGGAGGACGAAGAACCUGAAAAACUUACAGUUGAAUCUACAGAAACAUCCCAUACAGGGCAAGCAAGAAAAUUCUAUACCCAUUUCAUCCCCUGAACCAAAAAUAGACUCUGAAGUAAUUUCCAAUCAUUCUCUGUCAACGUCAUCGUCACUACAAUCCGCUGAAAGUCGGAGCUCAACACCAACAAACACCACCAACACCAACAACACCAACAACAACAACAACAACAACAACUCCUCACAGACUAUUAACAACCAAAUGUUCAGAAGAAUCCCAGCUUUAACUUCUCCUACAACUCCACAAGUCAAUACAUCUUUCCACACCCAGCUGGGUAACAGUGGUAACUACACACCGCCAUCAAAGUUUCAAUCGGGGAAGAGACGAAGCAAUACAUCUUUAUCCUUGAGCAUACCGACGAAUGGAAUAGGUGGUGACAGUCAUCUUAAUACGGCGCCAUUGACAAGCGUAGGAAGCAAAGCUCCUUCUCCCUUUGGUGAUUAUAUUGUCGAACCGCAUGGUACCAAUACGAACUUUUACAGUAAUGGGAACAUGUCGCAACUGGAUAAAAAACAAUCGUUUAUACCGUUUCUCCCAUUGGAGAAACCAAGCCGGUUGGUGGAUCCAGAUAAACCAGUGCAUUCUAGUGACCAUAAAAAUUCGUAUCAUAUGAACUCGUCCUCAAUAUCGUCAAUGGCCUCAUCCCCACCAAUGUCAUCGUCUCCACUCUCUAUAUCCGGUACGAAUGGCCUGGACUUUAAGAUGCACACAAAAUCGUACUCCUCUGAGAUUAAACCACAAACUAUACUGCAUUCCUUCUCAGAGCCUGCUAGUCAAGAUCUAGAAAACUUCAAAUAUGCUUACCCCAAUGGCCCAAUAUGCGUAUUAAAACCAAACUUGUUUCUUUAUUCAGAGCCAACCAUAGAUGAGGUGACAGAUUUUGAUGUAAUCAUCAAUGUUGCCCAAGAAAUCAAAAAUUAUACCUCUGAGGUUCAGAAAAUCAAUAACUCAGUAAUUCAUAAAAACAUCGAAUACUAUUUUAUUCCAUGGACUCACAAUUCAAGGUUAACUUCAGACUUUCCUAAACUAACGCAGUUGAUAGAUGACGCACUUAAAAAUAAUAAAAAGGUAUUAAUUCAUUGUCAGUGCGGCGUUAGUAGAUCUGCAUCUUUGAUUAUGGCCUAUUUCAUGAAAAUACAUAGAUCUGGCUAUAACGAUGCUUAUAGGAGACUAAAGGAAAUUGUUCCACAAAUCAGUCCGAAUCUGAGCUUGAUUUAUGAAUUGAUGGAAUGGGGGGAAAAAUUGGAAACGGGGAAAGUAAAUAACGAUUAA